AUGAGACACAUUGACGUCACCUCCGACAAACUGACGUCACCAGCGAUAGAUCGACGUCACCACAAUUACGUCAUCAUCGACAGAUUGUCCUCACCUCCGUGUCCUCACCUCCGACAGAUUGUCCUCACCUCCGUGUCCUCACCUCCGACAGAUUGUCCUCACCUCCGACAGAUUGUCCUCACCUCCGUGUCCUCACCUCCGUGUCCUCACCUCCGACAGAUUGUCCUCACCUCCGUGUCCUCACCUCCGACAGAUUGUCCUCACCUCCGACAGAUUGUCCUCACCUCCGACAGAUUGUCCUCACCUCCGUGUCCUCACCUCCGUGUCCUCACCUCCGACAGAUUGUCCUCACCUCCGUGUCCUCACCUCCGUGUCCUCACCUCCGUGUCCUCACCUCCGACAGAUUGUCCUCACCUCCGUGUCCUCACCUCCGUGUCCUCACCUCCGACAGAUUGUCCUCACCUCCGUGUCCUCACCUCCGUGUCCUCACCUCCGACAGAUUGUCCUCACCUCCGACAGAUUGUCCUCACCUCCGUGUCCUCACCUCCGUGUCCUCACCUCCGACAGAUUGUCCUCACCUCCGUGUCCUCACCUCCGUGUCCUCACCUCCGUGUCCUCACCUCCGACAGAUUGUCCUCACCUCCGUGUCCUCACCUCCGUGUCCUCACCUCCGACAGAUUGUCCUCACCUCCGUGUCCUCACCUCCGUGUCCUCACCUCCGACAGAUUGUCCUCACCUCCGACAGAUUGUCCUCACCUCCGACAGAUUGUCCUCACCUCCGUGUCCUCACCUCCGACAGAUUGUCCUCACCUCCGUGUCCUCACCUCCGUGUCCUCACCUCCGACAGAUUGUCCUCACCUCCGUGUCCUCACCUCCGUGUCCUCACCUCCGACAGAUUGUCCUCACCUCCGUGUCCUCACCUCCGUGUCCUCACCUCCGACAGAUUGUCCUCACCUCCGUGUCCUCACCUCCGUGUCCUCACCUCCGACAGAUUGUCCUCACCUCCGUGUCCUCACCUCCGACAGAUUGUCCUCACCUCCGACAGAUUGUCCUCACCUCCGUGUCCCCACCUCCGACAGAUUGUCCUCACCUCCGACAGAUUGUCCUCACCUCCGUGUCCUCACCUCCGUGUCCUCACCUCCGACAGAUUGUCCUCACCUCCGUGUCCUCACCUCCGUGUCCUCACCUCCGACAGAUUGUCCUCACCUCCGACAGAUUGUCCUCACCUCCGACAGAUUGUCCUCACCUCCGUGUCCUCACCUCCGUGUCCUCACCUCCGACAGAUUGUCCUCACCUCCGUGUCCUCACCUCCGUGUCCUCACCUCCGACAGAUUGUCCUCACCUCCGUGUCCUCACCUCCGUGUCCUCACCUCCGACAGAUUGUCCUCACCUCCGUGUCCUCACCUCCGUGUCCUCACCUCCGACAGAUUGUCCUCACCUCCGUGUCCUCACCUCCGACAGAUUGUCCUCACCUCCGACAGAUUGUCCUCACCUCCGUGUCCCCACCUCCGACAGAUUGUCCUCACCUCCGACAGAUUGUCCUCACCUCCGACAGAUUGUCCUCACCUCCGACAGAUUGUCCUCACCUCCGUGUCCUCACCUCCGUGUCCUCACCUCCGACAGAUUGUCCUCACCUCCGUGUCCUCACCUCCGACAGAUUGUCCUCACCUCCGACAGAUUGUCCUCACCUCCGUGUCCCCACCUCCGACAGAUUGUCCUCACCUCCGACAGAUUGUCCUCACCUCCGACAGAUUGUCCUCACCUCCGACAGAUUGUCCUCACCUCCGUGUCCUCACCUCCGUGUCCUCACCUCCGACAGAUUGUCCUCACCUCCGACAGAUUGUCCUCACCUCCGUGUCCCCACCUCCGACAGAUUGUCCUCACCUCCGACAGAUUGUCCUCACCUCCGUGUCCUCACCUCCGACAGAUUGUCCUCACCUCCGUGUCCUCACCUCCGUGUUCUCACCUCCGACAGAUUGUCCUCACCUCCGACAGAUUGUCCUCACCUCCGACAGAUUGUCCUCACCUCCGACAGAUUGUCCUCACCUCCGUGUCCUCACCUCCGUGUCCUCACCUCCGUGUCCUCACCUCCGACAGAUUGUCCUCACCUCCGUGUCCUCACCUCCAUGUCCUCACCUCCGACAGAUUGCCCUCACCUCCGUGUCCUCACCUCCGUGUCCUCACCUCCGUGUCCUCACCUCCGACAGAUUGUCCUCACCUCCGACAGAUUGUCCUCACAUCCGUGUCCUCACCUCCGACAGAUUGUCCUCACCUCCGACAGAUUGUCCUCACCUCCGACGGACCUCCCCCUGUGACAUGCCUGAAUGA